AUGCACCCUCGGCAAUUGACAGUACCGGUGGCGCUUUUCGCAGCACUAGGGUCCGGAUAUGCAGAUCCGGAAGGCUGUUCUGGUGCAUGUGUGGUUUACGACCCGACAAUCAUUCAAAGGUCGUCGGACAGUACAUACUUUCGUUUUUCUACUGGAAAUGAGAUUUCUUAUGCUAGUGCAUCGAGCCUUUUGGGACCAUGGACAACUAUUGGAUCUGUGCUGCCAGAUGGCUCGUCCAUUGAUCUCGAUGGAAAUACUGACCUUUGGGCCCCCGACGCCCAUUACAUUGACGGUCUGUACUAUGUCUACUAUGCCGUCUCGACCUUCGGCUCGCAGGACUCUGCCAUCGGUCUCGCAACUUCCGAGACAAUGGAGCUAGACUCCUGGACGGAUCACGGUUCUGUCGGCAUCCAGUCCUCGUCUUCAAAGGUCUACAACGCGAUUGAUCCUAGUCUGAUCGAAGUUGACGGCACCUAUUACAUGAACUUUGGCUCAUUCUGGGACGACAUCUACCAGGUGGAGAUGAACUCUGCGGCAACUGCUGCCAGUGGGUCUUCCUACAACAUUGCCUACUAUCCAGAUGGGACCCACCAAGAGGAGGGUUCAUACAUGUACAAGUAUGGAAGCUACUAUUACCUAUUUUAUUCGUGGGGUGUUUGCUGCGACUACAGUGAUGACCUACCUGCCUCGGGGCAGGAAUAUCAUAUCAAGGUCUGUCGGUCGACAUCUGCGACUGGUAGCUUUGUCGACGCGGAUGGCACUGAUUGCACAGAUGGUGGUGGUACGAUCGUUUUGGAGAGCCAUGGAGAGGUUUAUGGACCUGGGGGACAGGGUGUGUACGAUGACCCGACUUACGGUACGGUACUCUACUAUGCCUACACGAACACCAGCAUCGGUUACGCCGACGAUGAAAAGCAGUUUGGUUGGAAUGUUAUUGACUGGUCUACUGGAUGGCCUGUCGUAUAA